CCUCCACUUGGAGUUUGAAGCGUCUGGCGGCGAGCGGCGGGACUUCAAGGAACUUAAUUAUGCCAGCAUUUCGACAAGUUGGAGAAAAGCAACUUCCCAAUGAAAUACUUUACAUGGUGUGGUCCCCUAAGCGGGACCUCAUUGCACUUGCUAACAAAACUGGAGAGGUUUUGCUUCAUCGUUUAGCUCACAUUUCUCAACGGGUGUGGAGCUUGGCACCCAACGAAACACAGAAAGAAAUAACAUCGUUAGCAUGGAGGCCAGAUGGAAAAGUUUUAGCCUUUAGUCUUGCAGAUACUCAACGAGUUGUUCUGUGUGAUGUGGAAAAGGCAGAGAUCUUACAUUUUUUCACUUUGGAAAACGUGGUUACCUGCAUGUACUGGGCUGAGGUGAUGGAUCAAAAAAGUGCCACUUCUUCAAUCAGUUUAAUAGAUGAGGAAGGAAGCCUUUUUCUGCCCAAGUUACCUGCACUGCCAAAGAGUUACAGUACCUCUGCAAAGAUAUUCAGUGAAGAAAAAUCAGAUGAAGUAACAAAGCUUUUGACUGACAGUAGGCUAAAUACCCUUGUUCUAGGGGGAGAUUCUGGAUUCAUUGAAUUAUAUGCAUACGGAAUGUACAAGAUUGCAACAGUAACACAAAUUGCCGGCCGAUGUUUGGGUCUUUGCUUAUCCAGUGAUUUCAAAGCAUUGUCCGUAAUUACAGAGGUUCAACUAUCCAAAGAACCAGAGCCAAUUAUCAGCUAUUUUCAGUUAGAUACCACCUUGCUGUCAGAUUGUUUGCCUGAGGUAACUCGGAUGGCCCGGAAGUUCACUCAUAUUUCAACACUCCUCCAGUACCAAAAACUGUCAUUGGCCUGCAUGUGUGAAGCCUGGGAAGAUAUUUUAAUGCAAAUGGACUUAAGGCUGACAAAGUUUGUGCAGGAAAAAAAUACUCAAACUUCAGUGCAGGAAGAAUUCAUGCAGCUGCUGAUGUGGGGUAAAGCUAGUCCAGAGUUGCAGUCUUUGCUUAUGAACCAGCUAACAGUUAAAGGUUUAAAGAAGCUUGGCCAAUCCAUUGAAUCGUCUUACUCUAGUAUCCAGAAACUAGUUAUUAGUCACUUACAAAGUGGAUCAGAGGCUCUUCUGUACCAUUUAAAUGAGCUAAAGGGGAUGGCUAUGUGGAAGCAGAAAUACCAACCUUUAGGGUUAGAUGUGCCAGCAAUAGAAGAUGCCAUAAAUGCUGUGGGCACAUUCAUACUGAAAGCAAAUGAGUUGUUACAGGUUAUAGACAGUAGUAUGAAAAGCUUCAAGGCAUUUUUCCGAUGGCUAUAUGCAGCAAUGCUGAGAAUGUCUGAUGACCAUGUUUUGCCAGAGCUCAAUAAGAUGACACAUAGAGAUGUAUCCUUUGUUGCUGAUUUCCUGUCUGAGCACUUCAAAGAGGCACCAGAGCUUUACGAUCAAAAGGGUCAAUACUUUAAUGUGGAGAGAGUUGGUCAGUAUUUAAAAGAUGAGGAUGAUGACUUAGUAACUCCUCCAGAGACUGAAGGAAAUCCAUGGUUUUCCUUCUUGCAGAACAGUGUUCAUCUUAAAGACAGCCCUUUGCUUUUUCCAUAUUUUCCGAAGAAAUCACUACAUUUUGUUAAGAGGCUAGUGGAAGGACAGAUUGAUAGUUGUCUACAAAAACCAGCUGAAGUCAUUGGAAAUUCUGUGCGUCAGGUUCUCUACGUGCCACUAUAUAAGCUACAUCCGAGUGACAGUGUUGUGCCCAGAUUUUCAUUACCAUCAUUUUGGAAUGAUAAGUCUUCAAAUUUCCAAUAUGUAGUAUUCACAAUGCAUGGCACUGAAUCUCCCAGGAUCUACAUAAUGCGAAGACCUACAGACCUUUCAAGAUCUGUUUCCAACUGCCUGAUUGCUGUGGAGUUUGGAGAUUCUUUGUGCAGCAGCAGAACUGAGAGCAACAAGGAAAGCCAGUUCAGCUUUUUGGAUGUUGGUUUUUAUGAUGAUGAAAUGCUGACAGUUCUACUGAAAGGACACAUAGACAAAGAAGAAAAAUGUCGGAUCUUGGCACAGUUACCGUUGUCAUCGAUUUACAGCGUAGAGGAAACUGAAAAAGAGUUGAGCUUUGAUUCUGGUAAAAGACUAGAUGAACAGACUAACCAUAUUCCUGUUCGGACAGUAACUGUUGAAAAUCAAUCACGGACUUUAGAGAAUAUGAAGGCACAGUAUAUUGCUGUAAAUGGUAUUCGUAAGGUUUCCUGUGUGCUCAGUUCAAACCUACGACAUGUGCGUGUUUUCGAAAUGGAUGUAGAAGAUGACGGAGAGGUGGAUGAAGAGGAAGAAGAACCGGAGUCUCAGGAUGUCAGUGGGACAAAGGAAGAUAUGGAAGAGACAGUGAAUGUUCAAGAUAAUUCUGAGACCAGUGAUGCUGCUGGGGUGAAGAACCCUGUGUUGCCUGAAGAUGAUGCUUCCAGCCUAGAAUCCGUGCCUGGAACCUGGAGUUAGUUUAUUUAAUGAAAAUUACUGCCCAAAUUCAAGCAGUGAAAAAGACUGCCUGCACUUGUACUGUAUUCUAGUUAGUUAUUUUUACUUGUUGAGGUCACUCAUGCACUGUGUCAGACCACUGGUGUAAAUUGCUGCAAGUGCUGUUUGUACAUAUUUGGUUAUUGUAUGUAUCAUGAAACUCAAGCACUGGUGUAACAGUGGAAUCAGUACAGCUCCAUAUCUUGGAUUUACUGAUUCCACCACAAGUGUUAAGGUGAAAAUAAAAGUACUAUGCAAAGUAA